AUGAAGAAACUCCAGUCGGGGAGGGGGCCCACGGCCACUCUACCCCGCCCAGGCAGGGUAUGUGAAGUCGGUCCAGAUGGGCUGAGAACACCGGGUCCGGAUGCACGUGGAGAGCGGCUGCGGGGCAGGGUUGGGCGCCGCACUGGCUCUGCCAAAGGCGGGGCCGCACGGGGCUGCGGGGAUGCACCGUGUUUGAAAAAUCUUCCGGAAGCCCUUGCUCUGACCGAGGGUCCUCGACGCUGCGGCAUCCCUUUGGAGCAGCCAAGCUGUCCCUUGGGGCCCGGAGGGAUGAGGGUCCUCUGUGCCCAAAUACAUAGAGAGAGAGAUACUUCUCAGGGUCUUUCCAACACCAGAGCUGCUGAACUGCUGGCCCAAGAUGGGCCUAACGUCCUCAGCCCUUCAAAGCAGACGCCAGAGAUCAUCAAGUUACUCAAGUUCUCCAUCCUUUUUUGGAUAGAUGCUUUCCUGUGCUCUAUUGCCUAUAGGAUCCAGUACUCCCACAACACAUCCUCAUCCCUGGAUAGCAUAAGGAGGGCUGUGUACUUGGGUGCCAUUCUUGUGCUGGUCAUCAUACUGACUGGAACCUUUGCUUAUUACAAAGAAACAAAAGGCACCAACAUCAUGUCAAGCUUCAGGAAGAUGAUCCCAAAGCAGCAAGCUGUUGUCAUCUGUGAUUCUGAGAAGAAGAUCUUCCCUGCAGAGCAGCUGGUGGUGGGGCACAUCAUGGAGAUCAAAGAAGGAGACCAGAUCUCUGUGGACAUAUGGAUGUGGUCUUGCCAGGGGUGUCGGGUGGAUAACUCUUCUCUCACUGGGGAGUCUGAGCCCCAGUUCCACUUCUUUGAGUUCACCCGUGCAAAACCCUUGGAAAAAAAGAACAACUGCUUCUAUUCUACAACCUGUCUGGAAGGUAAAGUUACUGGUCUUGGCAUGGUCAUCAACACAGAUGACCACACUGUCAUCAGUCACAUUGCUUCCUUGGCCUCAGGAGUGGGAAAUGAGAAGACACCCACUAUAGAGAUCUAGCACUUUGCUCAAAUUGUAGCUGGAGUGGCCAUCUCCAUCAGCAAUCUUUUCUUCAUUAUUGUGGCAUCAAUGAAGUACCACGUCCUGAACUCCAUCAUCUUCUGCAUUGGCAUCAUUGUGGUCAAUGUCCCCGAGGGCCUCCUGGCUACUGUCACUGUGACCCUGUCACAGAUGGCAAAGCGGAUGGCCAAGAAGAACUGCCUGGUGAAGUACCUGGAGGCCAUGAAUACCCUGGGCUCCACCUCUGUCACCUACUCAGACAAGACCAGGAUGCUGACCCAGAACGGAAUGACCAUGGCCCACCUGUGGUUUGACCAUCGGCUCUUUGUGGCCGACACCAGUGAGAACCAGUUAAAUCACGUCUAUGACUAAGGCUCUGGGACAUGGGCCUCCUUAUCCAAGGUAAUAACCUUGUGCAACUGGGCCAAGUUCAAGCCAGGAAUGGAGAAUGUCCCUAUCAUGAAGAAAGUUGUGGUUGGAGAUGCCUUAGAAACUGCUCUUUUGAAAUUCUCGGAGGUCAUUUUUGGUGAUGUGAUGCAAAUUAGAAAAAGAAACCACAAAAUCACUGAAAUCCCUUUUAACACUACCAACAAAUUCCAGCUCUCUAUCCAAGAUAUGGAGGACCCUGGGAACUGGCACUUCCUCCUGGUGAAGAAGGGCACCCCUGAGUGCAUCCUGGAGCAGUGCAGCACCCUAAUUGUUCCCAACCAGGAGCAGUUGCUGGACAAGAGUGCGGACAAGGCCUUCCACAUGGCCUAUAUGGAGCUGGGCCAGCUGGGCCAGCUGGGCGAGCCUGUGCUCAGCUUCUGUCAUCUCUACCUGCCAGCAGACAAGUUUCUGGAAACCUACAUGUUUGACACAGAUGUCAUGAAUUUUUCCACCUCCAACCUGUGUUUUGUGGGACUCUUGUCAUUGAUUGACCCCCCUCAGUCCACUGUGCCUGUUGCAGUCACCAAAUGCCACAGUGCGGGGAUCAAGGUUAUCAUGGUUACUGGUGAUCAUCCCAUCACAGCCAAAGCCAUCACCAAGAGUGUGAGCAUCUUCUCAGCCAACAGUGAGAUGGUGGAAGACUUUGGAAAUCAUCUCAACAUUGCAUGGAGCAAAUUAGCAAACAGUAUGAAUGCCAAGGCCACCAUGGUGGCCAACAUGGAACUGCAGGACAUGAACCCAGACCAGUUGAAUGAGGUCUUAGACAACUACUUGGAAAUCAUCUUAGCUAGGAUGUCGCCUCAGCAGAAGCUAAUCAUUGUGGAGGGCUGUCAGCAGCAGGAUGCAGUUGCUGGAGUGAAAGGGGAUGGAGUGAAUGACUCUCUGGCACUCAAGAAAGCAGACAUUGGGACUGCCAUGAGUAUCAAGGGUUCCGAUGCAGUCAAAAGUGACACUGGCAUAAUCUUGCUGGAAGACAAUUUAGCCUCCAUCGUCACAGGUAUGGAGGAAGGCUCCCUGAUAUUCGACAACCUCAAGAAGACUAUUGUGUACACACUGACCAAGAACAUUGUUGAACUGUGUCCCUUUCUCAUCUAUGUCAUCGUGGGGCUGUUUCUGAUCAUUGGCACCAUCCUAUUCAUCAACCUGGGCACAGACAUUGUAGGUGGCCCUGAGGAAUCAUGGACUGGUGACCACCUCAGGGGAGCUAAGGCCUGGGUCAUUCCUCCAAGAUCAUGGGGCACAUCUUUGCAUGGGAUGUCCAAGUCAGCUGGCACAGAAGAAACUAAGGGUGGGCUGGAGGAUGGAGGAGGGACAGUUGGCUCUCCUCGGGUGAAUGUACCACAGUUACUUCCAGCACUAACCGGCAAGCAGUUCUGCAGCUGCAAGGGUCUGACUUGCAGCGAGAGGGAGGGGCUAUGGCUGUGUGCCUCCUUGGAUAGUGCCUCAUCUGUCUGUCAGUUCAGUGGCAGAAGGUACAUGUUCACCAGCAUGAUGGCCCCAGCAGCUUCAAUUUCCUCUAGAUUGGUUGGAAAAGGCAGCUCCAGAAUACUUAUAAUUCCACCAAGACCUUACUGUGUUUUGAAAGGUUUUUUCAUGGUCUCUUUGCCCAGUGAAAGAAGGGAGGAAAUGGAAAAUUCUAGAGUCCACCAAUGGUUUCCCAGUGAGACUGGUAAUGAGACUGUGGUCUUGGACAGCAAGUCCUUAGCUCUAGCUCAGAACUUUUGCAGCUAUAAGAAGGAAGAGAUGCUACAAGAAUCAUUUCACAGGAACAACUGA